GCGGCAUUUUCAUGUCGGUGGUGACACUUCAGCUGGGUCAGUGCGGCAAUCAAGUGGGAUUGUCCUUCUUCGACAAGUUGUCGACUGAGCUGCAGCAUUUCUCGGCGGAAGAUCGCGAAUGCUUCUUUCGGUCGCACGAUUCCAAAACUAUUGCAGGGCACGAUGAAGCACGACAACGUGCAACCGCCCGGGCAGUGUUGAUUGACAUGGAACCCAAGGUGGUCAAUCAAUGCUUUGAGAACGCUGGCCGCGCGACUGGAGGCAUACCAUGGCAGUACGAUGCUGCAAACAUCGUGUGUGAACAAAGUGGGUCUGGGAACAAUUGGGCGUAUGGCUACGCAGUUCAUGGCACAGGCUGCCACGAGGGCGUGUUGGAUGUCGUGAGAAAGGAAGUCGAGCGUUGCGACUACUUCAAGGGAUUCCUGGCGCUGCAAAGUUUGGCCGGCGGCACGGGUUCUGGAUUGGGAUCUUACGUGUGCGAUAGCUUGCGCGAGCUGUACCCAUCGUCGUAUCUCCUCAACUCAGUUGUGUGGCCAUAUCGAUCUGGCGAAGUUAUUGUACAAAACUACAACACUCUCCUUACGAUGGCGUGCCUCUCCGAGUCAUCGGACGGCAUGCUCAUAUUGGAAAACGACCUGUCCGAUCAAAUAUGCCAGCGUUUACUUGCGAUUCCAGCUCCGUCGUUUGCUCAAAUGAACCAAGUGCUGGCCAACCACCUGGCUGCCGUGUUACUUCCAGUUCUGCCAUUUCAAAAACGAACGCACUCAUCUCGAUUCUCCAGCUGCGCUUUGCCGUCUAUCCUGCAACACUUGUGCGCCCAUCCCGGAUACAAGCUCCUCAACGUGAAGCUUGUUCCCCAGUUGGCAACGAGGUCCCGGGAGUUUAGUGCACAUCAAUGGCCAGGCGUUCUCAAGCAUUUGCACCAAAUGCACAUUGCAAACUCGGGCAUGGACGAAGGCGUUCGUUGGGAUGUGUCUCUCGACAACGGCCAGAUAUUCAACAAAAGCGUGGCAAGCAUGCUCUUCUUGAGGGGCCCGCACAGCGACCAGUUGGGCCAAGUUGACCCAAGUGCAUUUCGAGAUUCUCGCUUGUACACUUCGUGGUCCAUGGUGCCGUUCACAUGCAUGUAUCAUCCGCUCCCGUUCAGUCAAUAUGACAAAACGGCGGCUCUUUUGAGCAACUGCCAAGCCAUGCUUCCGCAAGUGGAAGCAAUGCUCGAGAAAGCACAUCACAUGUUCACAUCCAACGCGUACGUCCACCAAUACGCGGCACAUGGCGUCGAGGCGGACUUUUUCCGGUCCUGUUUUCUGCGGCUUGAUCAAAUGGUUGUGAAUUACAAAGCCAUGUAAUGACCUGCAGCACUUCAGCCUUGCCGGUGGAGCAGCGUGCACUGCAGCACGUUAAGAGGCCAUGGACACGUACUCGUGGAGUGAACGAAUCACAGUAAUGAAUUGGUCUUCGAUCCCUGCUCUGUGGACGACUCGUCUACUUUUUUUCUCGCCACAGUGCCUAGAUGCCCACGACGGCAGAGACACCCACCGAGGUCAUGGCCAAGUCCAAGACGGUGUGCAUCGUGAUCGAUCGGGCGGGAUUGUUCGCAGAUUGUCGUUUAAAGUUGGAUUCAUCAUCGAUGGGGACGCCACGCGCGGUACAGCGAUUGUUUCUUGAUUCGCUUCGUUGAUUGGAAUCUUGAGCUGUGGACAUACUG